GCAUUUGGCGGAAAGCAGGGGGACACUAUGAGUGUGGUCGGGAUAGCGGCCGUCGGAGCAUGGAAGACGAAACGGCCAGUGCGAUGUGUACUUGACAGGACAACAGAUAUACAGAUAACGGGGAAGAGACAUCCUUCCAAGACACUAUACAAGGUUUACUUCAGUGACGACGGCCGUAUUCUCGGAUUGAACGUGAAGUUUUAUAUCAACGCUGGAUACUCGCUCGAUUGCAGUCCAUUUGUAAAUAUUCAAAGAACAAAGAAAUUAGCAAUGUACCACAGUAUCAACUCCCUGUCAGAGAAUAAUGUGUCAAAAACCAUCUGAUUCACAGUCAAUUUCAGUACUUUACCAAUGUAUGAGUAAUUUAAAUCGGAUUUUAUGAAGCGCAAAAACAAAAACAAAAGAGCCGCCAUACUUGGCGUAGCUCUCAAUGCAAGGAUAAUGUUUUCUUCUUUGGAUAUAGCGGAAGGUUUCAUUAGGAAAUGAAUACCUGUCAUAU